AUGGAACUCGCCGUUGCACCUCCACCUCGAGUUGCGGUCGGCGUCCGUCUAUGCACUCCACUUGUGGUGACCUUCAAAGGAUCCUCCACGGCGAAAGACCAGAGACAAGAAGACCCGAAAGAAAGGACACUUCCCGACCUCAGCGGGAUCUGGGUCUACCUGUCGCUUACCACCGCGGACAUGGAGAAGAGCUUAGCCCCUCCACGGGAGAACCUAUUCUGUGGGAAGCGAGCCGACUCAGUCCAUCCAGUCUAUCACGAACAAGAAGUUGAUAGACCUACGAUCGCGUAUGCUAUCUUCCCUGACCUGGUGAUCAAAGAACCGGGCAGCUAUCGGGUCAGAGUCAGCAUUAUCGACAUGAAUGGGUACGCGUUAGCGAGGCCUCCCAUAUGA